AUGUCGGACGGCGCACUCUUCAAACCGGAGAAGGACUUCACGAAAGAGGCGGACAAGGUCCUCCCCGAAGCAGAGGCAUUGGCAAAGAAUGAUCUGCAAAAGGCCAUUGACAAGAUCCUCUCGCUCGAAAAGCAAGCCAGACAGUCAUCAGAUCUCGCUUCAACAUCCCGAUGCUUAACUACAAUCGUCACAUUAUGUAAAGAGGCUGGAGACUGGAGUCUGCUCAACGAGCAAGUUCAACUGCUGUCCAAGAAACAUGGACAGCUCAAACAAGCCAUUACCAACAUGGUGCAGGUCGUCAUGGGGUUUCUUGACGACACCCCCAGCUUGGAGACCAAACUCAGUGUCAUUGAGGCUUUGCGGACCGUGACCGAGGGCAAGAUCUUCGUAGAAGUCGAGCGGGCCAGGAUUACCCGGAUCCUGUCUGACAUCAAGAAAGAACAAGGCGACAUCAAAUCAGCAACCGAGAUCCUCUGCGAACUCCAAGUCGAGACAUUCGGGUCUAUGACGCGAAGAGAAAAGACGGAAUUCAUUCUCGAACAGGUGGAUCUGUGCAUACAAAACGACGAUUGGACACAAGCAGGCAUCCUCAGUCGAAAGAUUGGCACCAAAUUUUUCGCCCGCAAACCCAAGAAGACGCCAGCACAGUUGGAAAAGGAGGAAAAGGCUCGGGCAGAAAAGGAGAAGAAUAGGUCGGCGGAUGAGCCUCCGCCAGAAAAGGAAGACGAUGUGACGGACCUCAAACUGCGCUACUACGAACAGCAAAUCACCCUGGCGAAACAUGAAGACAAAUACCUCGAAGUCUGUAAGCAUUACCGGCAAGUGCUGGAUACGGAGUCCGUUGAGAACAACCCAGACCAACUGCGCGCCGUGCUGCAGAGAGUCAUUUAUUUCAUCCUUCUCGCCCCUUACGACAAUGAACAAUCCGAUCUGAUCCACCGGAUUGCCCAAGACAGCCGCAAUGCCGAAGUCCCCAAGGACGCCGCGUUGCUGAAACAGUUUACCAUUCCCGAACUGAUGCGCUGGCCCAUGAUUGAGCAGCAGUACGGCGAACACCUCUGCUCCACCGAUAUUUUCUCCAAGACGCCGGACACGAGCGACCCCAAGGCACAAACAAGAUACGAAGCACUCCGCCACCGGGUGAUCGAGCAUAAUGUCCGAGUCAUCGCCAAAUACUACACCCGCAUUACUUUCCCACGCCUCACCGAACUGUUGGACCUGUCCGCCGAAGAGACUGAAAAGUACAUCUCUGAUCUGGUGACCAAGAAGACUGUCUACGCCCGUAUCGACCGGCCCGCGAGAGUGGUGAGUUUCGAAGUCAAACGCGGCCCUGAUGAGAUCUUGGACGAAUGGGGCAAUAGUAUGAGUGGACUGCUGGGGCUUUUGGAGCGCGUAGGCCAUCUCAUGCAACGAGAGGAGAUGAUGGCUCGGAUCCAACCGGGAGUUAAGGAAGAGGGCAAGAAGGUCAAGGCGUAA